UCAGAUUAUGGAAGUAGGGACAAGAAGCUGUGGGUGGAACACACGUGCUGUUUUGGGAGGCUAAAAACGACACAGCGUUCGCGUCUUUAAAUGAGGUCGCUUUGUGAAAUACAAACACAAAUCCCACCAAAACGGUGUCGCGAGAACGUUGAAGAAAUUAAUUUGGCGCACUGCUCCAUCAUUAUUUUAUUCUCCGUGAUCUGUUUUUUUUUGCGACGAUAUUUCUUGCUCGAUUCUGAAAAUCGAAAAAUCCAAAAUCGAUACCUGAUGAAGUAAAGGAAAUCGCAGACAAGUAAAGGAAGAAGACGACGAAUAAGAUGUGGAGACGCGUGGCUUUACUUUCUCCGAUGAUUUCUUCAUCAUCCCGAUCCCUUAUGCUUAAACAGGCAGCUUCUGGGCUCAAAGUUGGGGAAUCUUUUGCAACAGACAUAAUUAAACCGCUGUCACAGGAAGAACCAGUUUUACCGCCGAAAGAGAAAGCUCCAUUUAUUACAUUUGUACUAGGAGGUCCUGGAAGUGGAAAAGGUACACAAUGCGAAAAAAUUGUUGAGACUUUUGGAUUGCAACAUCUAAGUGCUGGAGAUUUGCUCAGGAGAGAAAUCGCAAUGCACACGGAAAAUGGGGCUAUGAUUUUGAACUUGAUUAAAGAUGGGAAGAUUGUACCUUCAGAAGUUACAGUAAAACUAAUACAGAAAGAGUUGGAAUCGAGUGACAAUCGCAAGUUUCUCAUUGAUGGAUUUCCACGAACUGAGGAGAACCGUGUUGCUUUUGAGCGCAUAAUAAGAGCAGACCCUGAUGUAGUACUGUUCUUCGAUUGUCCUGAAGAAGAAAUGGUGAAACGAGUCUUGAAUCGUAAUCAGGGCCGAAUUGAUGAUAAUAUAACUACAAUGAAGAAGCGUCUCAAAAUCUUUAAUGCCUUAAAUCGUCCUGUUAUUGACUACUACAAAAAUAAAGGAAAACUCUACACUAUUAACGCAGUAGGAACAGUAGAUGACAUAUUCCAACAUGUCCUACCUAUUUUCAAUUCAUUUGAGCAAUUGAAGGAGAGUAGUCAUGUAAAUCCAAAGUCCCAUCUCGGUUCGAGUUUGGUAGAAAAUUCAUCUUGACAAAAGACGACCAGUCUGAAAUUUGUCCAUUACUCUUGAAUUUUGAUGCACUAUAUGCAAUUCGCAUUGCAUCUUUUUGUUUGUUGUACUUUGUAGUAGUAUCAUAAGGUAAACAAACCAAAAAAGUAUGUAACUUCUGAGAAAUUUAUUUAAUGUAUUCUCAUAA